CACUCUCUCUCUUGUCUUUUUCAAUAAUAUAAAAGAGAGUAAGGCCCUCGCAUUGGCCAUUUUUGAAAUUCACACAACACAAAAUGCCAAGCAAACUUGGAAGAAACUAUUUGAAUCUUUGCUUUACAAAGAUAAAAAAUCCUCUCUCCACCACUCAAUCCUCUCCACCCAUCACCCACACGGCGGAUCACCACCGUCAAACCGCCUGUUCGUUCUCCUCCCCCGCCGCCGCCUUCAUCACAAACUACAACUCCCUAUAUGAGGUCACUACCACCAUCAACUCCGACUCCAAUUCCACCUCCAUACCACUAUUCGGCCACACCAACGAUGUUGGUGUCGCCGAUCCCGACGCCUUCGUCGCAGUCGACUUCAUUACCGCCUUCACUUCCCACCGCUUCUUCUUCUCCUCUCCUGGCAGCUCCAACUCCAUCAUAGAAUCCACCACUACCACCACUACCGCCACCGAGUCCACAACCACUUCACUAUCGUCCGACUACUUCGCUAGUGGUGGCGACGAGGAAUUGAUGAUCUUCAAUAAUAGUCAUGCGAUCCCCACGUAUUCGCCGGACCCAUAUGCGGACUUCCGACGGUCAAUGCAAGAGAUGGUGGAAGCGCGUGAGAAAAUGACGACGACAGCAACGACGACGAGCAAGUCAAAUAGGGAAUUCUUGUAUGAGCUUCUUUUAUGUUAUCUUGCACUCAACCCUAAAACCACUCACAAACAUAUCCUUAAAGCUUUCGCCGACGUUGCCACGACAAUAAAACCGGCAUUGCCGCUAGAGGCAACGGAGGAAGACGGGAAUGCAGAUCGGGAAGCCGAGUCAGUGAACGACGGCGUCGACGGUGGCUGUGAGAUCUCCGGGCAACAAAAUGAUAGAGAUUGAUGCAUAUAAUUAUUAAUUAUUAAAUGUGGGGUUGCGGGAGAAAAUAUUGAUUAGAUUAAUAAGUUUAAUAUGAUUUUUAGUUUACAAAUAUUAAUAUAAUAUAUGUGUGGGGGAAAAAGAAGUGGGUCCCACAAGACUUUGUUUUUUGUCACCUUAAUUAUUGCAUCAAAACCCUAAUCUUUC